AUGUUACAUAAUAAAAAGAAGAGAGAAAGAAAAGAGAAACUCUCUUAUUCACAUUUCAUUUUUGGUUCUUUUGAAGACUUUGGACAUGCAGGUUCAGAGAAAUUUAUUCUACAUGUUCCAAACUUACUUGAGCAAACAAGAAUAGAUAGAUAUGUUUCAGAUUGUGUAGCUCAACAUCAGUUAAAUGGAUGGGUUAGACCAUAA